AUUGAAUUUUUCUCUCUGAGGGUUGAUUACAGACGGCCUGCACUGCACCGGUAUUCUUUCCACUUUUUACCGUCUGCCGUGUUCUACUGUACCGUAGUUAGCCCUGGGUCUUGGCGAACCAAUCUCGCCGACUUCCGGUACCCGAGCCCCCCCUUUCAGAAAUCGGCCUCACACUCGUCACUGCUCACCGCCGAUAGCCAGACAUCAAAACCAUCCUCCAAAAGUAUCCUGCUCCGUACAGCCAUACCGGUAUUGAACACUGCAACGCUAUGAACCUCAUCUUUGCCUCUUUGGCUACAACCCUCCUCGUGGCCCGCGCGCUCUCCCGUAACUCUCUAACCACAGCUGGCAUUCUCUCUGCUAUUCUAACAGCAAUAAUCCACGCACUACAUCCAUGGAACCUCCCAUUUGUCCUAUUGCUCACUUUCUACGGUCUCGCGAUGAGGGCUACGAGAGUUAAACAUGAAGUGAAGGCUAAGUUGACUGUUUCCUCGUCUGGAGGCGCGGGGGGUGAGGGUGCUAGGAAUCAUGUUCAGGUUAGUGCUCUGGACUCUGGGGUUGUUGAUGGUGAUUAAUGGAGGGGUGGGGAGGCAGGUUCUGGCGAACAGCAUCGUCGCGUCGGUGCUUAUCCUAGUCCAUUGUUACCAACUAGGAGUGAUUUCCUCGAGGGGUUUCGCACAGCGGAAGGAUGUAUGUUUUCAUGGGGAUAUCGUGGUGAUUGGGAUUAUUGCGUAUGUAGCCUGCACAGGUAUCCCUCAUCUUGACUGAUUGGAUUGUAGGAAUUAUGCCUCGACAUUGGGCGACACGCUUGCCUCGGAGCUGGGGAUACUUUCCAAAACUCCACCGGUGAUGAUUACUACCCUUCGCAAGACGCCCCCGGGCACCAACGGCGGCGUCACCCUACUCGGAGUCCUGGCAGGAGGAGCCGGUUCCGCCAUCAUCGGGCUUGUCUCGGUGCUUCUAUUCCCGUAUUGCCCAUCAUCGAUAGACGGAUCCGGCAUCCACCUUCCGGAAGGAGGGGCACACAUUCCCCUUGGCAAUAAUGGUAAUUACUGCCCGGCUUGGGGAAUUAAAGAAAAGGCCCUCUUUGUAGCAUUUGUUACGGUGAUCGGCGUCUCCGGUAAUCUCCUUGACUCCCUCCUCGGAGCGGUAUUCCAAAAGAGCGUCGUGGAUAUUCGUACGCAGAAGAUAGUCGAAGCUCCUAAUGGGGUUACGGUGGCGCCCCAAUUUCCUAAAUCACACCUCCUAGAGGCUAACAAACACCAGGUUCUCGUCCAACCCUCAUCGCCACACCUCUCUACCCGUGCACCUAUCCACUCUCACCUUGGCCAAGGGCCACAAUCUUCUGCAGCUGCGAUUCCCGCUUCUGCCAUUGCGAGCGAAAGUGCCCGUCGUAGAAACGCUGUCGCUGCGGAGAAGGAUGAUGCGAUGGAGCAUGAGCAAGAACACGAACACAGUAGGGCAGUGAUUUCGGGUUUGAGGUGGGGUGUGUUGAAUAAUAAUGAGGUCAACUUCGCCAUGGCAGUUUCGAUCAGUAUGGUGGCUAUGAUUGUCUGGAAGAUGGCAGGGAUGGCUAAGUGUGAUAGUUGCUCAGGGGUUAUCGGAUAAUGUUUGUCGUGAUUCGCAGAUGGCUUAUGAGAUUGUGAUAUCCACUUUUAUAUUGUUCUAAGAUGGGAUUUUUUUCUGGGGGGGGUUAGAUCAUGGGUUGCCAUCAGAAUCACACACCGUCACUCGUAGUUCAGAACAUUAUACGCACUUUAAGUUUACUACCUUCAAAGGCUUUUUGUAUGCCAUAGCGCGAGCUGCAUGUACGUUUUUGAGCCAGAAUCAAUAAACAUAUGAG